AUGUUUAACAGCGGGCAGGGCACCAUUUCAUUAGAGUUGCUAGAAAAAGUCCGAGAUAUUGACACAAUUAUAGUCCCAAUUAGUGGUUUGUACAAUCGAAAGGACUUUUUUGAAACUUUAAGUACAGGUGGAGGGUUGAUCUCCAGUGUGACAUUGGCUGCAAAGACAAUCAACCCUUCUAUUUGUAUUUUGGCUGCCGAGCCAAAGGGUGCUGAUGAUGUAGCUCGAUCAAAGGUAGCAGGAAAAAUUGUGACGCUACCAGAGACCAACACCAUUGCUGAUGGGCUUCGAGCUUUUCUUGGAGAUCUGACUUGGCCGGUGCUGCGGGAUUUAGUGGAUGAUAUCAUCACUGUAGAUGAUGAGAAGAUUGUAGAAGUCAUGAGAUUGUGCUAUGAGAUUCUGAAGGUGGCUGUGGAGCCUAGUGGGGCCAUCGGUCUUGCUGCUGUUCUUUCUGAUCGGUUCCAACAAAAUCCUGAUUGGAAGAAUUGCAACAAAAUCGGAGUCGUUCUCUCUGGAGGCAAUGUUGAUCUUGGUGUGCUUUGGGAGUCAUUUAGCAAAUGAGUAGUUGAAGUUUUUUCAAUUGAAGUGUGUAAAAAGCACAGAGAAAUAACUUCAUUGAAAAUUUUAAUUACAAAAAUUGAUUGAGGGCAUGUAUUGACUGCUAAAUAUGCCAUUAUCCAUGGUUG